AAAAAAAACGACACAAUCUGUACAAUGUUGUCAAAAUAUAACAGAAAACAAGAAGUCACCAUUGGGUUCUUCAGAUCUGAGCUGUGAGUUUUAGAAAAAAAAAAAAUGGUCGGGCAUGCAAGCAUGUCUGUCUUCCCCUAGUUUUAAGAGCCUUUGACUUUCCCAAGAAAAACCACAGCCAUCCAUCCAUCAAUAACCAAAUUCCCUGUUUCAAUUCAUAAGCCAUCUCUCAGCUACCCAUCAAAGCCUGCAUGUAACCCACUUUCUGCUACCCAUUUCCCAUUCCAAUUCAAAGCCAAAACCAACAUAUUUGGUUCUGUUUUAUUAAGCUCUUUCCAAAACAUCUCCUUUGUUCUUCUUCUAUGAACUUUGUUUUUUCAGGUCUGUCAAGAUUGCUGGUUUAUUCUCUCUCGUUUAUUCUAUCAAAAGAUUCAUCAAAAAGCUGAAAAUGGUACGAGAAAUGGAGCAGGAGGAAGAGAAUUGCAGGUCCAAAUUCUUCAAUUUCAAACAUAAAACACUCCAGAAGCUUGAGCUUGGAGAGUUUAAUAAUAAUAAUGUUUUGUUUUCCAACAGAAACGAGGGAUUAGCUCCCCCAGACGACGGCGGGUUGGACAAACCCCCCGCUAAUGGACCGGACAAAGGCCCUAAAUCCAAGCCCUCCAGAGAUCAGCCAACAGAAAUAGAACAGAUGAAGGAGAGGUUUGCUAAGUUGCUGUUGGGCGAAGAUAUGUCCGGUGGAGGAAAGGGUGUUUCGUCGGCUUUAGCAUUGUCGAAUGCAAUUACGAAUCUUGCAGCUUCUGUUUUCGGGGAACAAUGGCGUCUCGAGCCGAUGUCGGAGGGGAGAAAAACACGGUGGAGAAAAGAGAUUGACUUGCUAUUAUCAGUCACUGAUUACAUAGUUGAAUUUGUUCCUUCCCAACAGAAAUCCAAGGAUGGAACAAACAUGGAGAUCAUGGUUACCCGACAACGCAACGAUCUUCACAUGAACAUCCCGGCAUUGCGGAAGCUCGAUGCGAUGCUUAUUGCUUGUUUGGAUAAUUUUAAGGACCAAUCCGAGUUCUACUACUUAUCCAGAGAUUCAAGUAAUAAAGACAAUGCUUCAAAGAGAAAAGAUGACAAAUGGUGGCUACCUACUCCAAAAGUUCCUGAGAAUGGUUUAUCUGAAAACUCAAGGAAAUUUAUGCAGUACCAAAAGGAUUGUGUAAACCAAGUCCUUAAAGCAGCCAUGGCUAUCAAUGCACAAGUUCUAUCAGAAAUGGAGAUCCCAGAAAACUACAUAGAGUUAUUGCCUAAGAACGGGAGGGAAAGCCUUGGAGACUCCGUGUACAGAAACAUAACGGUCGAGUACUUCGACCCGGAUCAAUUUCUGUCUACCUUGGACUUAUCUUCAGAGCACAAGAUCUUAGAUCUCAAGGAUAGAAUAGAAGCUUCCAUUGUGAUAUGGAAGAGGAAAAUGAACCAGAAAGAUGGAAAAUCUGCUUGGGGCUCAGCUGUAAGCUUGGAGAAACGAGAGCUUUUCGAGGAGCGAGCGGAAACGAUUCUACUCAUCCUCAAACAUCGUUUCCCAGGCACUCCUCAAUCAGCAUUAGACAUCAGCAAAAUCCAAUACAACAGGGAUGUUGGACAGGCUGUUCUAGAGAGUUACUCAAGAAUUCUUGAAAGCUUGGCCUUCACAGUGAUGUCAAGGAUUGAGGACGUACUCGAUGCAGAUUACAUGGCUCAAAAUCCAUCACAAGUAUCGAGUAAGAAGAACUCGACACGGGAAACCGUGGUGAGCUCAGGAGAAGAGCCACAAAGUGCUGCAGACACACCUACUUCAAUGACACUAUUGGAUUUCAUGAAUUGGGGUCCGGAUAUUGCUGAUAAUGAGGUAAAGAAGGAAUCGCCAACAGAGAAUGCAGAAAAUGUGUUCACAGAAACUGAACCAAGGCCUGUGCAAAAGCUUCAAAACAUAGCGACCAACAACAAGUUGGUUUCUUACCUCGAGAACAUAGGCGGGACAAAAAGCCCCACGGCACGACAUUGACACAACACAUAACAGAAGAACACAACACAGUUAAUAGCUCAACCUACUUUUGUCUGUGUUUUCUUUAGAGCUGUAAUUACCAAGUCCAUUCAAUUCAUUCCUGUUGUACAUAUGAAGGAUGAGCACAAGUUAUUGGUUU